AUGCGAAGAUUUCAGCAAGAUGUAGUAGCUAGCCAAAUACCCAGGAAAAGGCCAUAUAUAUGUGACAUCUGCUACAAACAGUUUGAAUCUCCAUCCACACUAUCCAGGCAUUAUCUUAUACACACUGGCCAAAAGCCAUGUGAGUGUUGUGCAUGUUGCAAAACUUUUAAGCAGUUGAUCCAUCUGGAAAGACAUCAGCUCACCCAUCAGCUGCCUUUUAAGUGUAACAUUUGUCACAGGAACUAAAAAAAAAACGUAAUCAUAUUCCAAAGGCUUCAACAGCUUCAUGAUGAGAACUAUCAGGGUGAUGCUGAGCAAGAUGAAAGACUGAGAUGUGCCAGGCGAGAGAGGCUUGAACAUAGGAUGUUUUGUUGUCCCAUUUGCCAAAAACACUUUUCAGCAAAAGUGCAGCAUCAGUGCAUGAGGACUGAUCAUCUGCACAGCGCCAGAAGGAAGGACAUAAAUAUAUGCCAGACAUGUGGCAAGAUCUUUCCUUCACAAUCUAAAGUUGAACGGCAGUGGCUCAUCCACACUGGCCAGAAGCCAUUUAAGCGCUACAUAUGUGGUAAAUCUUUUAGGCAGACAACACACUCAAAAAUCUAUCGGCUCACACACAUGGACAAGAAGCCUUUCCAGUGUACUCUUUGCCACAUGGGAUUUAAAGCCCAGAGCAAACUCCUGAAGCACAGACUCUCCCAUGCCCUAAACCAGGCUCCCUCUAGAGUGAUGUGCAAAUCAAAGAGCCCUGUGUACCCUGCGCCACAGACACCACUGGAAGGAACACCAAAAGAUGUUGAGACCGUUACUCCCCAACCUUCUACCCAGGUUCCCUCUGCUGUGCAUGCGUAUUGGCACGCCCCGCAGCUGCAGUCGGGAUCCGGUGCUCGUGCUCGCGAGCUCUCCAGACCGCCACCCUUUGGAGGCUCUGCGGACCAAGAGCUUUCGAGCCUGAUGCGAAAGCGCGGCUGUUGUUUGGAACGUACGUGUAACGUAGAGGCGAAACCAUUCGAAGGCGGGGAGGGGGAGUGCGGGCGAGACCAAGUGCGUCUUCGAGGGGGGGGAGCCGUAGGCGGAGCCCUGGCGAAGGAGGACGUCUCGGAGCCGGCCGAGGGCGCCUGCGCGGGACCCAACAUGGCGGCGCCGGGGGGGUCGGCAGUGGGGUCCCAGCAGCAGCAGCAGCAGCAACCGUCGCUGCUGCCGCCCAAGAAGAUCGUGGCUCCCACCGUGUCUCAGAUCAACGCGGAGUUCGUGACGCAGGCGAGUUUCCUCUCCUCGCGGGCCUUUCGGGUGUGCUCGCUUUCCCUGUCCACACGUUCAGCGGACACGUGA